GCCGUGACGACUGAGGGCCGGCGGUGGCCGGGAGGGCUCAGUCCAGCCGCGGCCGCCUCCGCAGCAUGGUGGGUCUCGCCGUGCUCCCGGCCGCUGGCCUGCUCUACUGGGUGGGUGCGCUGAGUGCUGUCUACGCGGCGGCGCUGACCUCCUACCGCCUUCUCACCGGUCUUCGUCUCUGGUUCCUGAGGAGUGGCAACGCUGCUGUGGGACCGGCCCUGGGCGCCUGGGCAGUGGUCACAGGAGCUACUGAUGGGAUUGGGAAAGCCUAUGCAGAAGAGUUAGCAAGACGUGGAAUGAAGGUGGCUCUAAUCAGUAGGUCAAAAGACAAGCUGGACCAGGUGGCUAGUGAAAUAAGGGAGAAGUACAAAGUGGAAACCAAAGUCAUUGUGGCAGACUUCGGGGAGAGAGAAGAUAUUUACAGCAGAAUCAAAGCAGGACUGGAAGGCCUGGAGAUAGGUGUUUUAGUCAACAAUGUGGGGGUAUCCUACGGUUAUCCUGAAUAUUUUCUUGAUGUUCCAGACCUGGAUAAGACAAUUGACCAGAUGAUCAACAUUAACAUCAUGUCUGUUUGUAAGAUGACACGACUGGUGCUGCCCGGCAUGCUGGAAAGAUCCAAAGGGGUCAUCCUGAAUAUUGCUUCAGCUGCUGGGAUGUAUCCAACACCACUGCUGACUCUUUACUCUGCAACCAAGGCUUUUGUGGAUUACUUCUCCCGUGGCCUCCAUGCCGAAUACAAGAGCAAGGGCAUCUUUGUGCAGAGCGUCCUCCCCUAUUACGUGGCCACAAAGAUGUCCAAGAUCCGCAAGCCGACCUUUGAUAAGCCCAGUCCUGAGACCUAUGUCAGAGCUGCCCUGGGCACCGUGGGCCUGCAGACCCAGACCAAUGGCUGCCUGCCACAUGCACUCAUGGGCUGGUUUUUCUCUCUUCUCCCUUCUCCUACUGCCAUUAACUUACUCAUGAAAACAAACAAACAAAUUCGAGCUCAUUACUUGAAGAAAAUGAAGGAGAAAUAAGUUGGAGGCAGCUUGGAAGCUUGAAAGUCCUGCAAAUUCCAGCGCUGCAGCACCAAGCGGACUCCAAUGCUUUAACCAUCUUCAGUCGUGGGUGUACUUUCUAACAAGCAGAACAGGAAGGGAUAGAGUUUGAGACUGUGGACUUCUAAUAGUGGUUUUAAAAUAGACUUUCUUUGUUCAUAGCCAAUCUAAGGCUGGGGGGGGAAGUGCUUUGGACUAAAAAUCACUGUGCUUUAAGAAAUGCUCACCAAGGACUUUGAUCAGACAUUUCUCUCAGCUUGCCUAUAGAGCAUCCAUCGCAUCUCUGCAUCCAGUGUGUAUGGGGGAGGGGGAGGAAAGUGGCAGUUCUCUUGCCUCCCUGGGCAAGAGUGGGAAGGGAAUAUCUUCACCAAGGUAACCCAGCACUGCUGACAGAUGAUUACUUCUUCCCUACUCACCUUCUGGAUACCUGCAGAGAUCCUGCCUUGUCAGCCACCUCAUGAGUGCUUCUCCAGGGUGAUUUUGGGGUUAUGAACUCGAGGGUAAAAUUGGCCAAAAGCUCAUCUAUAAAUAUCUGCAUAAAAUAACACGACAACAGAAACAUUUACCUGGAUUCUAACUUUCCAUUCCUCUGUAAUCUCCACAGUUUGUAAUAAGAAGAAUGUGUCUACAAGCUCGGUGCCAGCUCUUUCUUGAUAGGUGGUGAUACCACAAUGUAGAUAAGUGUCACACCUGUGUCACCUUGCUGGCUACUGUGGUGAGUGCUUUAAAUGCAGAGCUUGAAAUGAGUUACUCAGACUUGUUUCUGAAAUCUCUCUCCAUCUGUCUUUGCUGAGGUCCUCUGAAACAGGCAUAUUUGAGAUAGCCUUAAAAAAGAGACUGAAACUUUGAAUAUCUUGCAUAUCUUGAACUGACUUUUUGUGUCUUGAGCUGUUUCAUUUGAUUCUGUUCCGAAAUGCAAUCCUUCAGAAGUUUCCCCAGCUCCAGGAGAACAAGGAUCUCAGAGUACAUGAGAAAUCUGAGCUGCUCUUCUCUCUGUUUACCUACUCCUUAAAUAUUUUGGUCUCAUACGUUCCUUUUUUGUUACAAACAUAAAAAAGGAGCUGAAACUCUGCAAGCCAAAUCACAAACAUCUCCCUCUGUUUUCUGUGUUGACUUCCUCCACUUGAAGAGUGCAGGUUGCUGCCUGUCUUCAUAAGGAUUCAUUUUAAGCUCUGGUUUGGAAGCAGAAGAGGUGAUUUGGGGGCUAACAUUUCUGUACAUUGACAAAAACCUGAAUACCGAUGCAAUGGUGCUGAUCAAUUCCAAGAUGCAGAUCCUAUCCCAGUGGUGUUCUUCAUGUUUUGGAACAGGGAUGAUGAAGUCAGUGGUGGUAGUUCUGUAAAGAGCACCUGGCUUGGUUUGCUCUGGAUCUGAUGUGGAAGCUAUCAGACUAAAUCUGAAUGUUUCUGACUUUGUCCAACAAAUAAAAUGGAAUUUACUCUGAGUAUA